AUGACGUUGCCUAAACUGUCCAAGGCAUUUAUGACGUCUCCAGUCAUGACAAGAAAGAACAAGAAUGAUACGACACUAUACAAUACGUUUGUGCAGGGCAUUUUUCUGUCGACGGGUGUCUUUUCUACGUGUGUAGCACAAUUCAUAUUUUAUCAAGGCGCUGGUGAUCAAACAGUCAUGCUCUUACCACUUUGUAAUUAUAUGGGUAUGAUGUUGGUAGGAUUAUUACCUGCUGUGGGUAUUACGACAUUUAAAAUGGAGAUGAAGGAUAUACAAGAAAUGCAAUUGACGGAGAAAAUCAAGAGUCUGACGAAGAACAUUCAUAAUCGAGAACUAGAAGAUAAGGUCGAGCCAGAGCUGACUUUUAUACAAAGGGACACGAGGACAUGUAGUCGACAACGUUCUAUUGAUUUGGAUGUAGUAGACAUGGAACUGAUACGACGAUCGACUUUAUUGUGUGAAGAUGAUCAACAACAGGAACAACAAGUGCUGCUACUAGAGGAUAAAUGUGGUGACAGCGACGAGAACAGGCUUGUGCUUGAUUGUGAUGUCACUCCAUCGUCUGUAUCGUUUUCAUUGUCCACAUUGCAACUUUGUAUCAUUUUGUCGGUGGUGCUAGACUUUUCCGGCUGCAUCUUUUCCAAUGUCGGGCUGUCUAUGGCUGGAAGUGGUUUGUACCAGGUCGUGUACUCGAGUGUCAUCUGCUGGUCGGCACUUAUGUCUCGGUUUAUCCUUAGAAAGGUUGUGUCAAUAUGGGAGUGGUUUGGUAUUGCACUGGUGACGUUUGGACUUGCGUUUAGCGCACUGGGGGGAGUCACGAACUGGACGUGA